AUGAUCCAUACACCAUUUCUUGACGCAUCGCCACGUUUUCUAUCUGACGGCACCUCCGUUUUUCUUAAGUGGAUGAUGCAAAAUCGAGCGCUGUUCUUCCUUUUACUAUCGACGCUUGUAUUUGCUAAACAGAAUGAAACCGAUAGUGGAGGCCCUGCCACUUCUUCCCAACAAGGAAAAUCUUCCGAUGUGGGAAGCAGUGAAAAACAAGCUUCCACUGGAACCCCUUCCAAUGUGGGGAGCAGUGAUAAACAAGAUUCCAACGACACCUGGGAUUAUGACAAGGAAUGGACGAAAGAAAAGUGCGGAAAAUUUUGUGAUGAAAUUGGAUAUAGCCGUUACUCCAUGAAAAAGGGCGACAAAAAAUGUGUGACUUACUGCUGGAAAGUUUGCCAAAAGAGUUACUGUAAACACAAUGACAUCAGUAAGACUACUUGGAAGACCCAUGGUAAUUGCAUGAAGCAAUGCUUAAAUCACAAACCAGCACUCGGACUCAUACCCAUGUCGUAAUGAUAUGAUUUUGCUGAGCCAAUAAAUGCUGAUUUGUUAGUUGGUAC